UGACAUCCGAACGGUCAACGGACUAGGUUCAACUCUGACAAGCGUGUUCGAUGUGUUUGCGUUCCUAAAUAAUAAUAAUAAUUCGUCCACAGCGYGGAAUAACAGUACCGCAUAUAGGUACCUACACACAUCGCGACCGGCUGAGCAUUCUGCGCAAACCUCAACAGACACGUCGUCACUAACAGAGCCGAUAACGACAACRGCGCAACAGGUGCGAUGGAGACGAGCCACGGCCGAACGAUGCGCUCGUUGGCUGUACUGAUGUUCGUGGUGGCAUCGGCCACGUGUCAGCAGACCAUGUCAUUUCCAGACGGCGAAGGCAGUGGCGGCGUCGGCGUCGCGGACAACGCGACGACGUCGAGCGCCGGCCCCGGGAACAGAAGUGGCAAGAACCUGUUCAACUGGUUGGGCAGUUUCUCGGACGAGGGCGCUGACCCAUACCUUUCGUCGGCCAACGGCGCGUGUCUGCAGGGUGACAUGGCCGAGUGUUUUAAGGCCCGCGCCCUGUCUGGCCUGGGUGACUUUUUCGUCCGGGACUCGUACCGGCUCAACGAGAACGUGCGGGUGGUACGCCUGCGGGACGACGACGACGACGGCGGCCGCCACGCGUCUAGGGCGUUCGAGUUCUCGACGGAACAGCGGCCCGAGGACACGGAAUGGGACAAGCUGGUGAAGUUCGCCACGCGCAAAGCCGAACGGUUCCUGCGAUCGGCCGCAGUUGAGGUGCACGUUCCCGACGAGCUGACGGAUGGUGGUCGGUACUCGCCCAGAUUCAUCGACGAGAUAUCCUCCGAACURGACACGCUCGAAGACAAGAAGGCCAGCAUCAUAAGUGAGUACCUAUUAUUGAGUAUAAAUAUGUUUUCUGCAGGUGACGUAUGGAGUCGUCUAAUCGUUAGAAAGAAAUUGAAAACCGUUGUCGUUUUUGACGAUUGGUACACAUUGAAAGCGAUUAAUAAUCCGUUUCGUAUAAAGAUUACGUGGCAAACAUCUACCGAUGAAUCUAAGACGAAAUUCGCUAUAGUUCGCCAAACUGCAAUUAGUGUCCUAGCUGUGCGGUUAUCAAAAAGUCAAGAAGGCCUGGCGUCCCAAACCGGAAGUUAAACCUAUAGUCGUGUCGGAACAAAUUUAACAUUAAGCCGAGCGGUGGCACGAUUGRCGGUAAUAACAGUAUAAAUAUUUUAGCUGAUUUUCUGGACCGGAACAAGCGCGCUUAAACGACGUUGUAAGCUCGGCAUAUAACAUAAUAUAGGUAACAAUAAAAUAGUAGGCAUAAUGAUACGAAACAGUUGAACGAGUGUUGCAAUGUUCGGUCCGUGUGCUUCACUUGUGUGCGUGUACCACUUAAACAGUACUUGUGUAUGAUAUAUGACUUCAAUGAAUCAUGACGUCCGGUGACGUAUCUGUCGUAAAAGUGUUGUAC